GCUGCGCCAUUGAGCAGCCUCGGAGAAAAGGAAGUGCGCUGCGCCGCCUCGCGUCCUUCCCUUCCCCGGCCUCCCUCCCGUUUGCUGGGGACGAGAAUGAGAGAGAAUGAGCCAGAGAGACACCCUGGUGCAUCUGUUUGCUGGAGGAUGUGGGGGCACCGUAGGUGCGAUUCUGACAUGUCCACUAGAAGUUGUGAAAACACGGCUGCAGUCUUCCUCUGUUACACUCUACAUCUCUGAAGUUCAGCUGAAUACUGUGAAUGGUGCCAGUGUUAAUCGUGUAACUAGAGUUUCCCCAGGGCCUCUCCAUUGCUUAAAGAUGAUUUUACAGAAGGAAGGCCCUCGCUCACUUUUCCGGGGAUUGGGUCCUAAUUUGGUAGGCGUGGCUCCAUCCAGAGCAAUAUAUUUUGCUGCAUACUCCAAUUGCAAGGAAAUGCUGAAUAAUAUAUUUGAGCCAGAAUCUACGAAGGUACACAUGACUUCAGCUGGAGUAGCAGGUUUCACUGCAAUCACCGCAACCAAUCCAAUUUGGCUAAUAAAGACACGAUUACAACUUGAUGCAAGGAAUCGUGGAGAAAAACGGAUGAGCGCUUUUGAAUGUGUGCGCAGGGUUUAUCAGACAGAUGGAAUUAAAGGGUUUUACCGAGGAAUGUCUGCGAGCUAUGCAGGCAUAUCAGAAACUGUUAUUCACUUUGUUAUUUAUGAGAGUAUUAAGCGAAGACUUUUGGAGUAUAAGUCUGCUUCUGCUAUGGAUGAGGAAGAUGAAACUGUCAAAGAAGCAUCUGACUUUGUUGGCAUGAUGAUGGCUGCAGCUACUUCGAAAACUUGUGCUACAUCCAUAGCCUAUCCACAUGAGGUUGUGCGAACAAGACUACGAGAAGAAGGAACAAAGUACAGGUCUUUUUUUCAGACACUGUCUUUGCUUGUGCGAGAAGAAGGCUAUAACGCCCUAUACCGUGGCCUAACAACGCAUCUGAUUAGACAGAUUCCAAACACAGCUAUAAUGAUGUCUACGUAUGAAGUGGUAGUCUACUUACUGAAUGGAUAGCAAUAUUACCAGCUGUGUUCAGGAAGAUGAAAGACCAAAAGCUUGCAGUGGACCAUGAACUCUCAGUGUGGGUAGGUAGGAGUAAAAUCUAUCAAGAACAUGCAGCUAUGGACAAAAUGGAAGGCUAUUAGGCAGUCAUGCUGCCUCAUCAUAUGGUGUCUUUUGCAAUGUGGUGAUCUGAAGCUGCUCCUAAAGGAUUGCCUUUAAACUCCUCAUAUUUCAACGUUGCAAUUUUCUCCUAUUGUGUCAACUUUUCUAACGCUAUGCAGUGAGCAUCAGACACUUGGUUGUGAGCAAGGAAGGGAAGUAACAACAUGUGUGUUCUCACUGGAAAGCGUACAUCUCUUUUUCGACUCGCGUUCAUUGCUGGUUUAAAAUGUAUUUUCUGUUACUGCACAGUAGCCAGUUUGAAGGGUAUGCCUGUGCUCAUUUAAAGCAGAUUCAUAAAUGCUUAUCUCUUGAAACUCCACUUUUGCAGUCUGAAAUAAAAUGAAAGACGAAGAUUCACUAAGCUUCCCACUUUACUACCUCAGGGGAUCUGACAGGGAACUUAGGUUUCUUACUACAGAAAAGGUGGCCUUUAUUUGUAGAGGUGAAGAUGGGCGACAGGCUGUUUGUUUUGUACUGAGUUCCACUUGCUUUAAUAUCAGACCCUAGUGUUGCAGCAGUAUGCUGUUUUAAUUGCCCUGAGUAUUUUCUACAGUGGAAAUAGAGAAGAGCCUUAAGAUCCACCUGAAAUCAAAUCCUCCUGUCUCCAGUUUUGUACAAUUUGUGUCCAUAAAUCCCUUUGGAACUUAAAACACCUCUAAAUGUAUUAAGGACCACAGCAUUGUGGAGCAAACCACCAGCAAAGAGAAAUUGGCUUGGUGUGUUGGAAGGGCUUUUAGCAUGCUGCUUUUAAAUCCUUGCAAACCGACAAACAGUAUGUGAUUAAACGGCAGGAUAUUGGGUGCUUACGCAGCAUUGUGCUUGCUUUAAACAAACUUAUGUUCAUCUAGGGCUUUUACCUAAACUAACCUAAUACUGCUGUAACUAGAAUACCAAACUCUACUAGAUUUCAGUAACACAUAGGGCACACUUUAGCCAUGUCAAAAAUUGAGUGCUAAGAUUGUGGCUUGGAAUGAACCAGAGAAGAUAAUUGAAUACCUUGGGGUUUAGGCAUCGCCUUUUGCUUUAUUCCUUGCUUGCUCCUGAAGCACUUUGCAGAAAACCACAUAAGUGGUUUUCCCCAAUGUUUGACUUUGAACAUCUUAAUGCUUCUUAUACAGCAUGUACUGCUGCAUUUUAAGAGCAGACAUUUGCAUGAUUCACAUUAUCUUUGAAAAGCAACAUUGACAAAGCAGGCCACUCGAAAUAAUGCAGAUAACCUGUUGGUUCUAACAAUAAACACACCCUACAUUUUUACCUUUUAACAUACGUCCUGUCAUUACAAUGCAGCUGUGUUAAAUGGUAAUGACACCAGGGGAGAAGAUUUGUAAUUUAGAGCACAACCCUGCCACCAAGUAGUUUCAGAGUGCAAUCUGAUGCUUUUCUCCUUGGGAAUAAUCCUUGUUGAGUUCAGUAGGACUUAUUCCCAGGUUAAGUCUUUAUAGGAUUCCACCCUAAACCAGAUAAAUGUUGAGUGUGUUUAUAUCUCACUCACUUAUAGCAAUUAAACAUAAGUGCUUCCUCUUGGCAGUCCUGUACCCUAAUCUUUGUAAUGCUCAGCUCAUGAAAAAGUUGU